GACAACAAGAUGGCGGCGGCGGCGGGUCCGGCGGGCGCUGAGAGUCGCGUGUUGGGCUAUAGCCUGCACCGCUGGAGCAGCUUCUCUUCCACCUACCUGCCCGAGAAUAUCUUGGUGGAUAGGCCAAAUGAUCAAUCCUCAAGAUGGUCUUCAGAAAGCAAUUAUCCUCCCCAGUAUUUGAUUCUGAAGCUUGAAAGACCUGCCAUAGUCCAGAGCAUCACAUUUGGCAAAUAUGAAAAAACACAUGUCUGCAAUUUAAAGAAGUUUAAAGUCUUUGGUGGGAUGAAUGAGGAAAAUAUGACAGACCUCUUAUCCAGUGGCUUAAAGAAUGAUUAUAACAAAGAAACAUUCACCUUGAAGCAUAAAAUUGAUGAACAGAUGUUCCCCUGUCGAUUCAUUAAGAUAGUUCCACUCUUAUCCUGGGGACCUAGCUUCAAUUUUAGUAUCUGGUAUGUUGAACUAAAUGGCAUUGAUGAUCCAGAUGUGGUCCAGCCGUGCCUCAACUGGUACAGCAAGUACCGUGAACAGGAAGCCAUUCGCCUUUGCCUAAAGCAUUUUCGGCAGCACAACUACACCGAGGCUUUCGAGUCGCUGCAGAAGAAAACCAAGAUUGCUCUGGAGCACCCCAUGUUGACAGACCUGCAUGACAAACUGGUGUUGAAGGGGGACUUCGAUGCUUGUGAAGAGCUGAUAGAAAAAGCUGUGAAUGAUGGCUUGUUCAACCAGUAUAUCAGUCAGCAAGAGUACAAACCUCGCUGGGGGCAGAUUAUCCCCAAAAGCACCAAAGGUGAUGGGGAAGACAGUCGGCCAGGGAUGAGAGGUGGCCAUCAGAUGGUUAUAGAUGUGCAGACAGAAACUGUUUAUUUGUUUGGUGGCUGGGAUGGAACUCAGGAUCUGGCUGACUUCUGGGCAUACAGUGUGAAGGAAAACCAGUGGACCUGUAUAUCCAGGGAUACUGAGAAAGAGAGUGGUCCCAGUGCCAGGUCCUGUCACAAGAUGUGCAUUGACAUCCAGCGGCGGCAGAUCUACACGCUGGGGCGGUACCUGGAUUCCUCUGUGAGGAACAGCAAGUCCCUGAAAAGUGACUUCUACCGCUACGACAUCGACACCAACACCUGGAUGUUGCUGAGCGAGGACACUGCAGCAGAUGGAGGCCCCAAGCUGGUGUUUGAUCAUCAGAUGUGCAUGGAUUCUGAAAAACACAUGAUCUACACUUUUGGAGGCCGAAUUCUGACCUGCAAUGGCAGUGUGGAUGACAGCAGAGCCAGUGAGCCCCAGUUCAGUGGCUUGUUUGCUUUUGACUGCCAGUGCCAGACGUGGAAACUUCUGAGGGAGGAUUCCUGCAACGCCGGACCCGAGGAUAUCCAGUCCCGGAUAGGACACUGCAUGUUGUUCCAUUCUAAAAACCGCUGCUUAUACGUAUUUGGUGGCCAGAGAUCAAAGACUUAUUUGAAUGACUUCUUCAGUUAUGAUGUGGACAGUGACCACGUGGACAUUAUCUCAGAUGGCACGAAGAAAGAUUCAGGGAUGGUUCCAAUGACAGGUUUCACUCAAAGGGCCACCAUUGAUCCUGAAUUGAAUGAAAUCCACGUCUUAUCAGGGCUCAGUAAGGACAAAGAGAAGAGGGAAGAGAACGUAAGGAAUUCCUUCUGGAUUUAUGACAUUGUGAGGAACAGCUGGUCUUGUGUGUAUAAGAAUGACCAAGCAGCAAAAGAGAAUCCAGGUAAAAGCCUUCAGGAAGAGGAGCCCUGCCCAAGGUUUGCCCAUCAGCUGGUGUACGAUGAGUUGCACAAGGUUCAUUACUUAUUUGGAGGGAAUCCUGGUAAAUCCUGCUCUCCAAAGAUGAGAUUAGAUGAUUUCUGGUCUCUGAAGCUCUGUCGACCUUCAAAGGAAUACCUGCUAAGACACUGCAAAUACCUCAUCAGAAAGCACAGGUUUGAAGAGAAAGCUCAGACUGACCCUCUUAGUGCACUGAAGUACCUGCAGAAUGAUUUAUAUGUAACUGUGGAUCACUCGGACCCUGAGGAGACAAAGGAGUUUCAGCUUCUUGCCUCAGCAUUAUUUAAAUCUGGCUCGGAUUUCACGACUCUUGGAUUUUCAGAUGUUGACCACACGUAUGCCCAGAGAACUCAGCUGUUUGACACGUUAGUCAACUUCUUCCCAGACAACAUGACCCCUCCUAAAGGCAACCUGGUGGACCUCAUCACGCUGUAACGGAGCAAUCACUGGACACAUGGAAGAGGGGAAAAGCAUCCAUUUUCAGUAUUUUAAUUUUUUUACUGCAUUGAUUGACUGCUGGGAUGAAGUUAAUAUAGUAACCCCUAGGUGUUUGAAAGGGGUUUUAUACUUGUAUGGUGAAUCCCUGGAGCUUUUCCCUUGGAGUAGGUUAAUAAAAUGUAACUGACGUACUUCUGACUAAAUAUAUAUAUUUUUUCUGACUUUGGAUUUUGAGUUAGCAAAUGUAAGAUGAAAAGGUGGGGGAAAAAGAAAAAGAAAUAAAACCCAGUCAUGCAGUGAUCUUUUUGCCUAUGGGGGAAAAUUUGAGAUUUGUGAGUUGUCUGGGAUUAAAGAUGAUGGGUUUUAUUUUGUGUUUCCUGAGGAAGAGGGGGAAGAGGUUUUUCUUUCCUCAUUUGUAGCUAGUCACGAUGUAUUGCUUUAUCCUACAACUCCAUCCUCAGCAGCUGCAUAGCUUGGUGGCAGGACACUGGCACGUGUUGAGAUGAUGUAAUUUGUGUCCUGAGUCUUGUACUCACGGUGUGUCAUGGGAAGGUGAGCGUGUGUUCCAAACCGUCUGUCUCCCCUUCCCAGACAUGUGCUGACAGUCGUGUCUAAUUGCUUCUGAGACUCCAUCUAAACUCACUACCUACAUCCCUGUCUCCUGCUCUCUGGAGCCUUCCACUUAAACCUGGCAGGCAAGAGGGAACCUCGGAGAUACAGCUGGAAAAUGGGAGUGCGGUCACCGCCCGCACGAGCCCCUUUUCAGGGAUUGAUCUCUUUGCUGCUGUGCUCAUCCACUGAGAAACCCUGUGGGUCCUCGGCGAGCCUGGCAGAGCUGGGUCUUCCACCACACACACCCCUGCAACCUGACCCCAGCAUUUCUGAAGCAGAUUGUCUUCAUUUCCGUGUGCUUCUGUGUGUGUUUGUCCAUGUGUACAUGUACAGGGCGUUGCUGCCAACAGCUUGUCUCCUUCCCCUGUAGUGCAGCUCCCUUGUCAAUGCAUUUUAGACCUCAGUCUGAAUGUGAGGGAGGCCUUCUUAGCAUAAAUCUCUGAAAAUGAGCUGAUGUGUAUGUAUAGAAAAUGUAUUCUUCCUUUUGAUGAAAUCCUUCUUUAUAAACACUGUAAGGGCUUGGUGCUGCACUGUGAGGUGGAAUGGAGGACAUGCAUACCCAGCAUUAGAAACUCUGCAUUCAGUGUCUGUGAGCAUUCAGUACACACUGGCAGAUGUAAAUAUUUAUAUGAAACUGCAAAACUUUCUGUCCAGCAGUGUUCAUGCCACUCGUUGUUGCACCCGCUGUGGCUCCUGUUGAACUUGAUGGAAGUCCUGUGUGUGCAAAGAUGAUUUGGACUCUUGAAAUAAAGAGUUAGUCAAGUGUCUUUUUCAGA